AUGGAUGACGCUCAAAGGGGAGCUAAGGCUCUGGAUAACUCCGACUUUCCCGCCGCGAUUAAAUGCUAUACCAAGGCCUUGACUGUUAACCCCCAUGCCACAGACUACUAUAUCAAGCGAUCAACCGCUUAUUCGCGAGUAAAGCCUGAAGAUGGCGGUCCUAAGCUACAUGAAGCUUUGCAUGAUGCUGAUAUGGCUGUUGCUCUCGGCAUUCAGCGAGCCAGACGGGAACAAAUCAUUGCCGGACAAAUGAGGCGAGGUAUCGUUCUCUAUCAAAGUGAACGGUACGGCGACGCACAGCUUAUCUUCCAGGUGGUGCGCGCGAAAGUGGGACAGGAGGACGAUAGCAAAAAGAGUGAUCUCAGCGCUGCGUUAGCUAGCCAUGAAAAUUCAACAGCCUCUCAAGAUAAGAAGACCAGACAACAGCUCCAAAUAUGGGAAAUGAAAGUCAAAUCACAGAUGGCUAAACUCGAAUCUUCGGACGAAAAGACCAGGGUCGUGGUUAAGGAGAUCCCAGACAUCAAAGUACCGACUCAGGACGAGUUGAAAGCGAUGUACCGUGCGCAGCUAGAGAAUAGAAGUGCCUCUUCUACUCCAAACUCGAGUGGAUUGUCUACGACCCAGAAAAAGAAGGAUACAGCCGCGGAGGCCAAUCCUGCUCUAUCGACAGCGAACCCUCCUCCCACCCCUCUUCCAUCUAAUACCCCAAGUAGGACAAGGCAUGAGUGGUAUCAGUCUAACGACAGUGUGGUAAUUACCAUAUAUGCGAAAGGAGUCCCCAAGGACAAAGCAGAGGUUGACAUUCAAGAAACUUCGUUUUCCAUUACCUUCCCUCUUCCAUCAGGAUCUGAAUUCUCUUUUGUUCUAGAUCCUCUGUUUGCUCCAGUCGAUCCAUCUUCUUCAAAAUUCAAUAUAAUGUCUACCAAAAUCGAGGUUACUUUACGCAAAAAAUCAGCCGGUAGGAAGUGGGCAACUUUAGAAGGCACCGGUCAGCAAGAAGAGACGAUAUCUUCAGGAGCUAGGUCUUUAGAGGAUGCCUCUAACCAAGCAAAUCAGCCUAUCAAAACCGAUAAGGCUCCCGCAUACCCAACAUCUUCCAAAUCUGGACCCAAGGAUUGGGAUAAAGUCGUGUCAAACAUCCAGAAAAAUGAGAAGAAAGCGAAGAAAAGUGAGAAAGGAGAUGAUUCAAAGGAAGAUGACAAGGAAGAUGACCCUGACUCAGAUUUAUCGGAUUACGGGUCCGGAGACGCCGUGGAUUCAUUCUUCAAGAAAUUAUAUGCCAACUCCGAUCCGGAUACCCGACGUGCAAUGACUAAGAGCUUCUACGAGAGUAACGGAACAGCGUUGAAUACCAAUUGGAGUGAAGUCGGAAAAGGCAGAGUUAAGGAGCAUCCACCAUCUGAUGAUUAG